AUGAUGUGAGUACAAUAAUUGCACAACCAGGUCUGAGAUUCAAUGGCGGCGGACAUAUUAACCUCAUUUUCUGGAAAAAUCUCUCAGCCCAACGCCAGCAAUUGCAAGGUGAGCUGUGUGACCUGGUGGUGCAGUCGUUUGGAUCGGUGGCUGACAUGCAAGAGUUGGCGACGGCAGCCAAUGGCGUGCAAGGAUCGGGGUCGUGGCUAGGCUACAACAAGGCCACUGGCUGUCUCGAGAUUGCACCACACCCAACCAGGACCCUGCUUGCAACCAAAGGUCUCCACCCGCUGUUUGGCAUCGACGUGUGGGAGCAUGCCUACUACCUGCAGUACCUGAACGUGAGGGCCGACUACACCAAGGCAAUCUUCGACAUCGUCAACUGGGAUGACGUCAACGAACGCUACCUGGACGCCAAGUGCGACAUCUCGCGGUGAAAUUAGCAACUAACCAGUCUCAGUUUAAAUAGCACCUGUCGAAAUUCCGUUGUUCAUAUUUUACCAUCAUUGUUUGUUUCUCUGUUUAAAAAAUCACCAUCGUU